UGGUCCUCGAUUUGAAGCACCAGACCCACAGUAUCCUACUUCCACCUUCUAUGUUUUCACCUGGUGUCUUCUGAAUGUUCCUUUAUCACCAUCCCCUUGUGUUGGCAUUUAGCACCAUAUAUUGUUUUGUUGUCAAUUUUUACAGUCCUCCAUCCUAUGUUAAUGAACCAUGCGUGAUCAUAUCCCUCCUCCUAAUGCUUGGCGUCCAAUGCAUCUGCCAAACAUGGAACUGUCCUCUAAUUCUGCUGCUCAUAAUGUGGGGUCUCCGCUGCUUCCAAGAUCUAGUUGCCUUGCAAUGCCUUUGAGUCCGGGUGUUCCUGCUAAUGCCUUUGGAGGACCCAUGGAUGCUCCUUUUCAAGGGCAGGCUUUGUUGCCAAUGUCGCAACCGGUAGUUGAAGAUUAUUUGCCUUCAUUUCUUCCUUCCCUGGAUGGAACAUAUUGGUAAAAUCAUUAUUGAUCUCACAGUUCGAACCCAGCGAUUUCACAACUUCCACCUGCUAGCCGACAAAUGUUAUCAUUGCAGAAACCUAUGCAUUCAUCUCAUGACUUGCCUCCUUCCAUCAUUCGUUCCCUCAAGCUUCAAUGCCCUACUUACAGACGCCAAUGUCUCUUUCAUCAGUUAGGCAGGUGCAGGAUGGUCAGCCACAACCUUUUCUGUCUGAGGGGCCUCUCCCUUCACAGCAGAUUCAACCCUGCAGCGACUUCCUGCCUCAUUGUUGCAGCAGCAGUCACUUCAACCUCUUCAGCAGUCCCCAUCUCUGCUGGCUCAGAUGUUGUCACAACAAACUCAGACUUUGCAAGCAAUCUUUCAUUCAUGUCAGCAGGCCUUUUCCCAGAUUCAACAAGUACAAAUGAUGCAACCAUCUAGUCAAGAUUUAGCAUUGCAGCAAAACGCAGAAGCUGCUAAAAAAACCGUUUCAAUGGGCUGUGACAGUACCAAAGGCAGUGACCAGUACUCCCACUGCGGCAGCAGCCACAGAUGUUCCUUCAUCUGCAUCUGCUUCUGCUAUACCUACAACAAACCAGAACAUGGCUCUUUCAAAAUGCAUUUGGACAGAGCAUAGAUCUCCUGAGGGCUUCAAGUAUUACUAUAAUAGUGUCACUCAGCAAAGUCAGUGGGAGAAACCAGGGGAGUUAACAUUAUCUGAAAGGCAAAUGCCAACUUUUCCUCAGUAUCAAUCUCAGUUACAACCACCGGCAUUAUCUGCACUGCCAGUUCCCCAGUCACUAGAGGUGCUGCCUCAAUGUCAGGCAUAUGGAGUUACAAACCAUCAAAAUGUUCAGGAAGUUGGAUAUAUCCAAUCACAGACCUCAGGCGUAUCUGUCGGUCAUCCUGCGCUCACCCAACAAGGGUUUCGUGCUACACAAGAGUGGAUGUUGAAAAAUAAGCCAGCAGGCUCCAGUCUUCUGACUUGACUCAGUAACAAGAUGACUAUGUUUCAGUUUCACUUGCUGGCUGGGCAGUAAAGUAAGUGGAGGGGCUCAUUAGCUUAAGGCAAAUGAAAUGCCUUACCAAGUUACCACAUCGUCUUGUGUAACGUACAGGUGCGUUAAUCAUUACCUAACCAAUAUGAAGUAGCUCUACCUUGGCCUGGUUUCGCCAUAUGGUCUCAUUACAUCUG